GAGGAAAGCUAGAGAUACAGGUGAUACUUCUACAUACAACUUAACAAGAUGGCAGGAUUAGAUUACCUUCUUUUUGAAGAGGCUACCGGCUACGCUAUCUUUAAGGUCUUGAUUCAACAAGAUGACAUCGCUUCCAGACUGAAGGAAGUCCAAGAAGCUUCCAAUGACUUGGCCAAGUUUUCCAAGAUGAUUGAAUUGGUUUCCUUUGCUCCAUUCAAGGGUGCCGCUCAAGCUUUGGAAAAUGCCAACGACAUUUCUGAAGGUUUGGUCUCCGACUACUUGAAGUCUGUUUUAGAAUUGAACUUGCCAAAGGCUUCUUCCAAGAAGAAGAUCUCCUUGGGUGUUUCUGACAAGAACUUGGGUCCAUCCAUUAAGGAAUCUUUCCCAUACGUUGACUGUUUGUCCAACGAAAUCGUUCAAGACUUCUUGAGAGGUAUCAGAGUUCACGGUGACAAGUUGUUGAAGGAAUUGCAAGAUGGUGACAUCGAAAGAGCUCAACUUGGUCUUGGUCAUGCUUUCUCUCGUGCUAAGGUGAAGUUUUCCGUUCAAAAGAACGAUAACCAUAUCAUUCAAGCCAUCGCCUUGUUGGAUCAAUUGGACAAGGACAUCAACACCUUUGCCAUGAGAGUAAAGGAAUGGUACGGAUGGCACUUCCCAGAAUUGGCAAAGAUUGUUCCAGACAACUACAACUUUGCUAGAUUAGCUUUGUUCAUUAAGGAUAAGGCUUCUUUGACCGACGAAUCCUUGCAUGACGUUGCUGCUUUGCUUAACGACGACUCCGCCGUUGCUCAAAGAGUUAUCGACAAUGCCAAGAUCUCUAUGGGUCAAGACAUUUCCGAACAAGACAUGGAAAACGUCUCUACCUUUGCCGCUAGAGUUGUUUCUAUUUCUGAAUACCGUACCAAGUUGUACCAAUACUUGACUGAAAAGAUGAACACUGUUGCUCCAAACUUGUCCACUUUGAUUGGUGAAGUUGUCGGUGCUCGUUUGAUUUCCCAUGCUGGUUCUCUUACUAACUUGUCUAAGCAAGCUGCUUCCACCGUCCAAAUUUUGGGUGCUGAAAAGGCUUUGUUCAGAGCUUUGAAGACCAAGGGUAACACUCCAAAGUAUGGUCUUAUCUACCACUCUUCUUUCAUUGGUAGAGCUGCUCCAAAGAACAAGGGUAGAAUCUCCAGAUACUUGGCUAACAAGUGUUCUAUUGCUUCCAGAAUCGAUAACUACAGUGAUGAACCAUCCACUGCCUUCGGUCAAAUCUUGAAGAAGCAAGUUGAAGAAAGAUUGAACUUCUACGACACUGGUUCCGCCCCAAUGAAGAACUCUGACGCCAUCAAGGAAGCUUUGGCUUUGUCUGGUGAUCUUGCCGAUGAAAUCGUUGUUGACGAAGCUGCUGAAGACAACGAUGAUGAAGAAGAAGAAAAGAAGUCUUCCAAGAAGGAUAAGAAGGAAAAGAAGGACAAGAAGGAAAAGAAGGAAAAGAAGGAAAAGAAGGAAAAGAAGGAAAAGAAGAGAAAGGCUGAAGACGAAGAAGCUCCAAAGAAGAAGAAGUCUAAGAAGUCUAAGGAUUAAACAAGAUCGUGAUGUUUAAUCUGAUAAAUUCUGUUGUAAACUAAGUUUAUUUUAUUUGUAUUGCAUGUUAAUAAAUAUAUUUCGUAAAUAACCUAC